GUACAGCACCUUGUUCAGCCCUCCCUCUCCUCAUCUCCAGAUCUCAGCUUGUACAUUUAAGAGACACAGUUGCCAAGAGAGAGAGGGAGAAAGCAGCAAAAGAGAAAGCGCUAGUGUCAGAAGGAAGCUUUCCAAAGAUGAAAAUGAAGAUUCUAUCAGCUUUUGUCUUGCUGAGCAUGUUGCUUGGUGCCAACCUGAUGCCUUCCAGCCGUCUCUCUUGUUACAAGAAACUGCUAAAAGAUCGCAACUGUCACAACAUCCCGGAUGGUGUGUCCAACCUUCGACAAAUAGAUGGAAGUCUUCAGGAUCACUAUUGGGAAGGGAAGGGGUGUGAAAUGAUCUGUUACUGCAAUUUUAGUGAAUUACUCUGCUGCCCAAAGGGUAUUUUCUUUGGACCAAAAAUUUCUUUCGUGGUUCCUUGCAACAGUGAGUGAUGAAUGUCAUGUGAACCAGUGAUGACGAUAUAUGGACUUAACGGAAGAAUAAUACUGCAUGAAAAAAUUCUAUUCCAUUAAACAGUCCUAGUGCACCGAGCCUUACUGUACAAAGUAGAACAAGCUUCCUUUUCAAAGACAGAUGUAGCCUUGAAGUUUUAAUACUAAAAGCUCUCCUUUCUAACUUGGUAGCAACAUUGAUUUUUCAAUGGAAAAAACAAGAAGGGGUGCACUAGAAACUUCCAUUCACUAUUGUUCUGAUAUGUAAGAUCACCAUUCUUUAAAAAUCUCCUGCUGUCAUUCUGUAUCUUAGCAAGAAAGAUUUUUAGGACCAGAUUGCCAUUUACUGUAGCCUGGAGCUUCAUUUGCUAAUACUAGAGGACAAUUUCAGUGGCAUCACAACAGAGUUCUAAAUUCACAAGGAGUUAUCCAUAAUUGGGGUCCCUAGCAUUAUUAAUUAUCAAGAUUUUAAAAACUCAUGUUUGCACUAUACAGCUGCUAUAAACUUAGCAAUUUAAAGGAGAUGUAUUGUACGGGGCUCGAUCAAGUCUGCUAUAGGAUAUGGAAAUAGACUCCAAUAGGACUUGGAUUGAAACCCAUUUGAACUAUGGUACAUCUCAGUAGCGAAGAUACAGAACUAGCAUUUUGUUUGAACAGCUCUUUAGGAAGACAGAAAUACAAUUAGAACUCAUGAAAAGAAGUUUCAUUCUUUUCUUUGUUUUGUUUUUAAAAAGAGAAAGCUCAUUAAAAUUAAAUGAAGUGCCUCUCGGCAAGUUGAUCCUCUCUUCCUCCAUGCUAAGCUCUUACUGAUGCCAGUGGCAGAUGCAAACAAAGAGAACAGUUUCUGAACAGCUCAUUUAAUGCAAGUUAUUGAAGCGAGAGCCUCACUUCGGCUAUCAGAAAUACUUUUCCAUUAACAAAAAAGUACUCUCCUGAAGCUAUCAAGUUAGACAGACGAGGGGGAAAAAAAAGAAGCUUAGUGCAGAAUAUCUUUACAUAGCUAUUUCAUGUUGCUAUCCUUUUCAAAAACACUUUCUGUAGUAUAGUGUGCAAUAAUCAUGGUAUAAGUUAUAAGCAUUAGUGCUACUACCAAAUAGAUAAACAUACUUUACUCUUACACAAAGAGUUUGUAUUAUGUGCAAGUACAUUAUAAAAAACACAAAAAACAAAGUGUUUGUAAGUCUUACUAUCUUACUACUGCUAACAUUAUUGAAAAACUACAUUCUCUGCCAGUGGUGAUGCAGUACUGACUGGCAAAAAAAGAUGGUUUGCUGAAGUAUAUGGAAGUGAUAAUAUACUUAUGUAGUAAACCAACAUUCUAAGUUGUUUGUAUAAAGUAUUUUCAAAAUUA